GACAUUUUUUUCGAUUCCGAAUAUUUGACUGUAAAAUGAUAUUUACCACUUGACCCUCUCUCUCUCUCAUCACAUCAAUACAACUCAACUUUUGCCUCCCACUUGAACGCCCAUCUACUAUUACUCUAUAUCUUGUCCAUGUUCGAAGUCUACAUAUUCUAUGUAAAUAGACUUCAGUCUUGUUCUGUGCUAAGCCGAAAUCUCAGAUAUAUCUCAAGCUAGCUUCACCCCUCACCGAACGGAACUUCAGCAUACAUUUCGCCUCAUUUUACUGAAGGUCGACAAACUCUGCUCUCCGUCGUUGUCCACUGCGAGAUAACUUCUUACCCUUUUGCGGAUGUGUAGAAGGACGUGAAGGUUCCCUUUUCUUGCUUUGGUUUCGUGUGCAGACAAUUGCAGCAACGAAAGAGUAGACACCUUGAUUCUGCUUGUCUGCCAUGAGUUCAUUUUAAUAAACAUUGAGAGUGUUCAUCCUGUCUUUUCCAAGGUGCGGUCGUCCGCUGUGGCGGGUGCUUGCUCGAAACCCUCAAAACUGUCGAUGGCUCUCAGGUAGCAUUACCCUGGGCCGGGUGGCCACUCGCACUUGGUCGAGACAUAACGAGACAUACUGGUGGCCGAGGCGGAAAGGAGGAUUGCACGCCAGCUUGUCAUUCGUUUGGGGUUCAGAGAGAGAUACCACUACCAGCGGACCUUCUAGGAAUUACGGGAGCAAAAGCGUUGGAGUACAUCCAAGCGAAGGGAUAUCAGACAAAAAUAUUACCGAUCAAGAGGAUAUAAACAGACAUUCUAUACCCAACGAUCAUGCAUAUGCUAUGGAUAUAGAGUUACAGGACGAGCAGGGGUUGAAACUAUACAGCGAAGAAGGGAAUGAUCCAUCGUCGUUCGAUUUCACCUACUCGCAUCGACCUUUGAAACGGGAGGCAAACAAAAACUUGUCGACUGAAGAGCUACCGGAUAACAAUGACGUUAAAGAGCAUGAGAAUCUUGAUGUCUCCGAUGUUGUGCCUGAAUAUUUGCAUUCUCAGGGUCACCCAGUCACGAACGUGAAACAUGCCGACCAAGAGUCACCUACAAUGUCUUCUCAUCAACACGACCAAGAAGCUUUACAGUCAAGACAAGUCACCGAUCUCCAAAACACCCCGACCUUACAACAUUCGACACACCGAGAUGAUAUGCCUAUAUCACGCACAAUCCAUAUUCUAGGGACAGGGCCUAUCGGGCAAUUCAUUGCAUAUAAUCUUGUUGAAAUGGACUCUCCGCCACCUGUUACUUUACUAAUGCACCGGCCACUGUUGAUUCAACAAUGGCACCACUCACGUCAGGUUCUCAGAGUAUGCAAGGAUGAAAUUAUAACGGAGCAAUCUGGUUUCAAUGUUGAAUUAUCCGCAAGUUUCAAUAUUCCUGGGCCCGAGUCAGAGAUUAGUACCACCGAGCACAGAUUUGGAUACACGGACGAGGUGAUAGACAACCUGAUCAUCACGACGAACGGCGACAAGACAGUGGCGGCACUUACUUCCAUCAAGCAUCGUCUCCGGCCUCAAUCAACCAUAUGUUUUGUGCAACAUGGAGCAGGUGUGAUUGAGGAUGUUAACAAACAUGUUUUCCCAGAUUUGCAGAAUCGUCCUCAUUACAUGCUUGGCAAUCUAUCUCAUGGAUUAUUUGCCACGGAUCAAUUAUGGACUGUGGCCCAAACCACCCAGGGAGAGCUGAAGCUCACAAUUCCUCAAUAUGACACCAGCGCGCCCGCCAACGAACAACAGCCCCAAAGCUCUGAUAGGAAGCUCACAAAUAACUGGGCGCCCUCUUCAAGAUAUAUGUUAAUGUCAUUGAGCCGUUCUCCUGAUCUUAAAGCCAUAGGCUUGAACUAUCCUGACUUCAUGAAAUUCCAUCUCGAAUACAUAGUCAUCAAUUCCGUCAUUGGGCCGUUAUCUGUCAUUUUUGAUUGUUCAAACGAUCAGCUGUUGUACAAUUACCAAGCAAGUCUGACCAUGAAGUCUCUCUUGUGGGAAAUCUCGUAUGUUGUGAGAAGUCUUCCGGAGCUCGCGACAGUUGCAAAUCUUAACAAACGCUUUGGAAACCGCAGAUUAAUGAGCAUGAUACACUCGGUGCUUUCUCGUAGCGGGAAAAAUGUUACAUCUAUGUUACACAACGUCAAAAGUGGAAUGAAAACGGACGUUGACUUCUACAAUGGCUAUCUCGCUCGGAGAGCAAAAGAAUUGAACAUUCCAUUCUCUUCAAAUGAGUUAGUCAUAAGUAUGGUUAAAGCAAAACAAGCUAUGAAGUCGAGAGAGAUGAACUCAUAUAUACCCGUGGUUGAUCGGAGAUAGAUGGAGUGUAAAGCCAUGCCAGGUUUUUGAGCGAACGAAUUGGGUAUGUUUUACCGUGUAGGAGUGUACGUUUAUGUUAGAAUUAGCAACACCUGUAAAUUACGUCUUAGAUAUCUUAUAUACUCGCGUCAACUCGCAAAAGCGACACUUUAGAUUAUAGACCAAUGAAUAAUGCACAUAUGCCUCUCUUGCAACCUCA